UUUCCCUUUUUUUGGGAUUGGGGGGGUUUAAGUAGCGGAAGAGCAGAGCUGUCGUGACAGGCAAGGCUGCUACGGCGCCGCUACCAGAUUUUCCCCCUGGCACGAGCAGCCAACUGCCCCUGAAAGCAGGCGCCUUCCGCUCAACUCGGCCCGCUUGGAAAGCAACACACAGGACCCAUUGGGAUAAACAUCUCCCCUCAGGAAGAGGCCUGCCUGGUGGGAGGCUCGGCUCCCGGAGAAUUGGCGCCGAAGUCCAAGGAGCCCUUUGCCCCCCCCCGUCCCUUCCCAACCAAGGCUGGGAAUCCACGCCUUGCGAGCGAAGAGGAAGCGGAGCGGCGUGAGCUCUGGAAGGAGGCGAGCUCAGCGGGAUCUCAGACCUGGAGGAGGCUUUUUGGGACGCGAUUUAAGGUCUCCCCCCAAGAGGACCGAUGGCGCCUUAAAGGAUGAUGGAGACCUGACGCUGGACUUCCCUGCUGCCUGAGAUAAUGGGCCCACCAAGGCGUGGCUGGGUGAAACUAAUAACACAGAAGAUUGAACAAGCCUGGAUAAAAAUUAAAUUAGUUGACUGUUCCUGAAAAUAAAAGAACUACAGCGCAGUGGACUUGAACAUGAGACCACUACAGCCAAAAACAAAUUUCCAGCUUCAAAGAUCAAAUCUGACACAGCAAGUGGGUGCCUUUUCUCAAGCAAAUAUACCUGCACAGAAUUCUUAUGUUUAUCCUACAAAUGUCCAAAUGGUGAACAUUCAGUCUAACGCAGUCACUACAAAUAAACUACCUUUUCAAAAUACUGGAAGCUUCAACAGCUUUCCUAAAACGUCAGCACCUAGCAAAGGCACUGGUCCAGCCUGGAAUAUACUUAGUAUGCCUCCAAGUUCACUUUCUGGUUUUUUUGUCCAGAUGGCACCUACAGUGACUGAGAAUUCAAGUUUGAUAAGGAAUGUGCAUACAUCUUCUGCAGCCUCACAAGGUAACACUGGACAGCCUACGCAGAAUGUACCUCAGAAUACAAUGAGUCCCUUUAUGACCUUGGACAAUUGCAAUAAUCAACCCCUACAAAAUUAUUCUAACUCUAUGAGAACCUCAGUAAAUCAACAAUCCAGCAAAUGUAGUUCGUCUUCAAGAAGGGCGUCGACACAGAAUGCCUACUAUUAUGCAAAUGGACCUGGAACCUCCCAAGUGGGUACAACAGUGCCUCUUGGUACCUCACCAAGUCACCGCUUCAGUUCUCAGCAGAGCUUUUCAUGUGUUGUGUUUCCUGCAGAACAAAAUAUUCAGAACCAAACAAGUGGCCCAAAUCCAAGUAUGACCAUGCCGGUGCAAUCACAGCAGUGUAUGUCUAAUCACUUAACUCCAACACAAUGUGCUGUGUCUUCUGAUUGCCAUAACAGAAAUGCAACACAAGCCUUUUCUCAGACUCCUAAUGGAAACCGUUCCUUAUCAUAUCCGCCCUCUUCUGUACAGAUUAACCACGGACACUUUGUACAACCACAGCUACUUGCCAAUGUUCAAAAUUAUCACAGUCCUAUGUUGGACCAAAAUAGCAAUGUAUAUUCCUCUCAGCUUGGUCAGAAUUAUCAAUCUAUGGCUAACAUUAAAGAGACAAAUGAAGGAAGUAGCAUUGCAUAUAGUGUAAAUGGACAUAGGACUGACAAUCAGUUUUUCAAUGAGUCAAUCAAGUCAUCAGUUGGAGAGAACCUUUUCAACCCAGUACAGAUAGCUGGAACAGACCAUCCUAAUGAAGCUUUGGCACCACUGCUGAGUAAAACUUUGGAACAAGGCAAGAAUACAAGUAAUGCUAAAGGAAAUUUUCCUGAGAGCUUGUCUAAGGAUAAAGUUAAGAUAACAAAAGAAAGUAUAUCCCUAGAUUUGCAAAAACUGCAUAAACUGAGAAAAAUCUUUUUAAAAGAAUUGUAUAAAGUUAAAGUCAAAUGGCAUCUAGCUGCAAAAGAAAACAAACAGACUUCUGACUAUUCUGUUCACAGUCAGAAUCUUAAUCCCUCUCUUCCUUCUUCUAAUAGCAAUGAGAAUUUACUGUUACCACCAUUACAUGAGGCCAGUCAGGUAUCCACAGUUUCUUCAUAUGAUACAACCCACAGUAAACCAUUUUCAUCUGUUUCUUGUGAUUCUAGUCAGAGUAAGGAUGAUUCCUUAUUAAUAAAGAAAAAAGAUAAUUAUUUAUUGCCCAUUCUAACGGGUUUGCUGAAAGGUACCACAGAUGAAAAUAUGAUACUAAAUGCUUUUUUUCAAAAAGGAGACACACACACAAAUAGACAAUUAACCACUGAAGAGAAUUCAUCUAGCACUCUCUUAGUUUCCAGUGGAGAUUUAUCUGAAAAUAAUAGCAUUGACAAACCUCAUAGGCUGACCCAAGACUCUUUGACUUCCAGAAAAAAUGGUCUAGACUUAGAACUGAGUUCUGCAUCUGCCAUAAACCAGCUUGAGAAAAUAACAGCUGUAGCUGGUGAAGACAUGUUUCAUCCUUUUGAUGAGAACAAGGAUAUAAGAGAAAGCUCUGGUCAGUAUUUGACAAGCAAUCUUGAGAGUUCAGGUCAGAAUGCAGAUGCAUCAGAUGAGUCUUCAUUAUCAAUGAAAAAAGUACUAAAAGAGUGCACGUCAGAUACAUACUGUUCUUCAUUGUUUCAGCAGGGCAAAAAAGCUGAAGAAAAUAUAGCUGGCAAGAAUGAAAAUACAUCUGCUACAUCUAGUUUACCUUCUCUUGCUAACACUGUUCUAACUGUUCAAGAAGCAGGCUCAGUACAGAAACUUUCAGAAAUUGGAAAUGCCUAUAGAAUGAAGGGCACUUGUUCUUUGGAGGAGUUAGAAACAAGUCUUGCUUUAUGGAGGAAGAAUCUUCCAACAUCGCGAUGUGGAUAUUUAAGUAGAAGUACUGAAUCAACUGGGAGUUCAUCCUCCACAGAGAAUGGAGCAAGCGACAAAGAAAUACAGCAAAGCUUGGAAAAUUUACCCAGUACGUUGGCUCAGAAUGACCAAACUGAAGUUACAAAUGAAAUAACUCAACAUUUUGCUCUUUCGUCUCUUGGAAAAAUUGAUGCAAUAAGUACCAAUUUAUUAAAAGGCUGUGAACCUCAGGUAGCUAUUGUUACUCCCUUAAUAUUGUCAAAAGACAAUAUUAAAAAUGAGAUGGAGAAAAAUAGUCCAAGUACAGAAAUAAUGUAUCCAGUCAUUGAAGAAGGUGGCAUACAAAGUUCACAAUCUGUUUCUUCAGCAGUACCACAUACUGACAGAUUGAAGGGAGUUUCUUCCAAUUCUGGUAAAUGCUAUAAAGAUUUAGAUAUGUCUAGAAAAGCAGGCAAAUUCACUGAAGAAAAUGGGGUAGUGAAAACUGAAACUAAGAAAAACAGCUCUUGUGACUUGAACCAAUGGGUAGAUGAUUGCUCUCCUCUACAAUUAAAGCAGCAUGAAUCCCAACUCAUUACAGAAAACUGCUUGCAAUCUGAUAUGUGCACUGGAGACUUAAAGCAGCUUCCUCAAGAUUUAUUAGGACCCAGAGAUGCAGGUGAAAAUAUGGAGACUGACACCAUGUUACAUAUAUCCAGUGUGUGCUCUCUUGUACAAGGUGAUGCAUAUUACAAUUCACAGAUAGCCAGUAUCUUUAGUAAUGACCCUUUGAAAUCUAGUAUACAAAAUGACACAUCAGAAGAGUUUGUGUCUUCUCUUCAGUGUAACAUUCAACAGUCUGACCUUUUGAAAAGUGAAUUGGGGAUAAAUGUUAGUGAUCCCAAAGGAAAUACCUCAUUGCCAUCACCAAACAGUUUAUCUGUGGCCAUUGCAAAAAUUUUAGAAAGCCUUCCAGCCUUAGAUAUUCCAAAAAGCUGCAAGACUUCAGAUGAGAACGGUGAAAUAAAGGCAGAGGCAAUGAAAAACAAUAUCCUUCCUGAAAGUAUGCCUUCAUCGGGAAAGAAGCUUGAGCAAAAUGUUUCUCAUAGUAGUGUUCAUUGUACAGACAUGGCUAGUGCAAAAUUAUCUGACAACGAAGAAAACCUAUUGAGUGCUAAUAUUUCAGGUGGCAUUAUUGAAAAAGGCAGCAUUACAAAACAUGCACCAGUUGAAGAGAAUAAAGCACAUUCUGGAAGUAGUAUUGAAGCGCCUAUAAGUUUAUUGAGUGAUCAACUGGCAGAACUUUCAAAAGAAUUUCCAUAUGGGAUUGGCCAUUUGAUGGCAGUAAAUGUAUCAGAAAGUAAUGAUUCUUUGACUAAAAUAAUUGAGAGAGACAAUACAGAGAUUUCAGAAGAAAGUCCCAAUGCUAGGGAUACAGAAGGCCAAAUUAAAAAUAUUUUAUUGAACUCUCAAGACAUGGACGUUUUCCCCAAUCAAUUUUCAUCUAACAAAUCAGAAAACCACGAAGAUGACCAGCCCCAAAUGGACUCGGAAAAGAAUUUGGGAAAAAAGAACUUAAGUUGUAUUAAAACUGAGCAGUGCUCAGAUAAUGAUAAUGAAAAUGUCCCAACAGGAACAGCUGUAACAAAUAAAAAGGGCACAUUUUGUUGUUUACGGAAAUUCUUAGCUUUGAACUAUGUAGUUGAGCCAUGUUCAUGCCCGCCGGAAGAAGAUGCUUCUGAGCAAAAAGUGGGUUUAUUUUCACAGUCUGAUACGAUGUUUCAGGAUAAACUAAAAGCUGAAGACAAUUGUAAAUCUUUUUCUUUUGUAACAGUUAGUGAGAGUGUUCUUUCAGGAUCACAAAACAAUGAAACUUUGCAAAAAGCUUCCGUAUCAAGAGAAGUAAAAGAAUAUAACCCAGCUGAAGUAGACAAAGCAACUUCUCCACUUGUAUUGUUGGAUAAAUUAGACUCUCAGAAACCUAAAAGAACUAAAGAAUCUGUGAUUGCAGAAUGUUCAACCCAGACAACUUCUCUGUCAUUGAAGAGAGAAAUGGUGGAAAUUAAAGAAAAACAUGUUAUAUCUGCAAGUGAAUGUUUAUCUACAGAAGAAGCACAGGGUUGUUCAAUCACAAAAGACUUAAAAAUGCCCCCUGGCCGAAAUCUCUGUAAGAUGGAUUCUGACAACCAGAGAAGUCAAAGGAUAGUUGUAAAAUCAAAAACAGAUCCCUGUCGACGCAGACGAAUAGAAAUAAAAUCAGGUACAGGUUGUGAGCGAUACAGAAUUAAACGGGACUCCAAUGAAACACACAUCAUAAAGGGCCCCGCUUUGAAAAAGAAGAAACAAAAAGCAAUGGAAAAAAAGCUUAGAAGUUUGGCAGCCCAGCAAAGUGGCACUAUAAAUGUUUCACUGUUGAGUAGCACUGGGUCUGUUUCUGACAGAUGUGAAAACUCUGAGCAGAACUCGAUGUUACCUUCCCAAGAGGAUUUAAAUGGAAAGAAACUGGAAAAGGUAAAAGAUUUAGAGAAACGCUAUGGAUAUAGGAAAGGAGAACGUAAUGAAGCAGCUUUUUCAGAGCAUAGAAAAGACAAAUCUGAGCAUAGCAAAAGUAAAUCUGAACAUAGUAAGCCUGAGUCUGAGCAUCGAAAGCACAGUAUUAAAACGAUAAGUCUGCAGAAGUAUGCUUAUUCAGAAGAGAGGAAAAAUGCAUGGAAGUACAGAAGUUUGCACUCGGAUAAUAGAACACCUUUAUGGCAGAAACAAAGGGGACAUACUCCUAAUGUGUCUAAAAAAAUAUGUUCAGGCAGAGAGGAUGUGCUGGAUACUCAUAAAAGAGACAUGCAGUCUGAGAGAUCUUUUGCUGACAAAAAAAUGUCUUUUAGACGAACUAAUUCUUUUCAAAGAGAACAAAAGAAAAACUACUUGAACCGGCUUGCAUUCAAACGGACUGCACAGAAAACUAUUCGCCUGACAACAUUAGAUGCAUCAUAUUCCAAAUCAAGUAGUUUUCCUGGGCAGCAUGGAGAAAAUAAAAGCAGCAGUUUGCCUUCCAGGGACCCUGAAGAAAACAAACAAAAAAUGCUUGAAUUCAAAAUGUGCCCCGAGAUACUGUUUAGAAAUCCAGUCUCUGAAGAACGAAUUUCAGAUACAAAGAACUUUGCAGAAGAAGAUAGAACACCUGUCGUAGCUAUCAAAAGUAAAAGAGAAGACUGGUUAAAUUAUGUUCCUGUGAAAAGAAGAAAAACUGAGGACAGUGAAGCUCCAGCUGAUCAUAUCCCACUUGAUACUGCAAUAAAAUUGAUCAACGGAGAUGAAGCUCUUCCUAUUCCUAUGAAGGAUUCCAAUGCAACAUUUUUGACCUAUCAGAAAAUACAUCUAGAAAAAAGAAACCAAAGCCUGGAUGCUGGUCCCUUAAAUUAGAUGUUCAUAAACAUAUGCAAUUUAAUGUGCAUGUACUCUGAAUGAGACUCAGUUUUCACUGUGUUUACCCAAGGCUGUAAGAACUUGAAUAUAUAUGGUAACUAACCCAGACACUAGAAAACAGUAAGUGAACAAGAUUUUGUAUAGUCUUGCUUCCAUUUGGGAAAAUAUACAGUAGGUUUUCCAAUAUCAGCUGAAAUUACUGUUUAAAUUAUUAGACUCUAAAAUAUUACAACUUCAGCUGAUAAACUUACUUAGGGUGUUUUAUAAUUCCAGUGUCUGGUCUGAUGCUAGUGAAAGAGGAGCCCUGAGCUUUGGCCUAUAGUUUUUACCUAGAAAUUUUUAAGGGGAAGAAAAAAAAACACCUUCCAGGAUAUAGCCAAAAUUUGAAACAAAGCAGGGACACUUUUCUAUUUCUGUAUUUCUGUUAAGAGGCACUGAGAACUAUAUGCUGCUAUCCAGUUUAGCUGGAUUAUUACAAAUAUACAAGAAAGUCAGGUUUGUUUUGUUUGUGCUUCUAAUUAAAAGAAGCAAAAGCUACUGUAGAAAUCAAUAUUCUAGUUGAAAUGUUUGGAUUUGGAAAUGCAGUUUGUAUUUUGACCAAAAUUUCCUUGGUGUCACUGUUUCAUUUACAUUUCAUUUUAACUAGAUAAAUUCCUCUGUAAGCUAUAUUAGCUAAAUGUUUCUAAAUAUAUUCUCUAGACGUUGCAAUGCUCAAUAUUUUACCUGACUUUUAUAUUGUUCAGUAUUUUUCAAGAUGGUUUGUAACAUACCAAUUAAAUGUUAAUUUUGCAUUUUUUUAAAAAAAAGUUCAGUUACUUAUACACAAAAUAGUAUUUCUGUUAAUUGAAUUAAAAGCAUACCUAUUUUGACCAUGCUGUGUUCUGUGUAUCUGUAAAAAUUACUUGGACGGCUAAGAGCUUGAUCCAAAAGUUCUGUGCAUGAUAAAAGAAUAUGAAAAGAAAUGAAUAUGUAAAUCUAACUGCACAUCUAUGAAUUCUACCAAUUUCUCACCCCUGUUUUCUGUUGUGUCAGGGCUUAAGACUUAGCCAUUUUCUGGAUCCAUUUCAUUUCACCAAAAGAAACUGGGAUGUUUUUCAGAAGAGUGGAAAACCAGUACUUGAAUUGUUUCAGAAUUCUCUGUUAAAAUUUAUGUACGUCUUGAUUAUCUCUUGGCAAACUAACAUGUACUUCUUGCACUAUAUUGAGAGAGCCAUCCCAGGUAUUAAAUGAAUCUUUUUGUUCUGCAGCCCAGAUGGUAUUUCAUUUGUAUUGCAGGUAACCCCUAUCAUUGUAGUGGAGUUCAUUGUCGUUGGAAGUAUAUUCCACAAAGAAACCCAGAAUGCCUCAUGUACUUUUUGCUUUGACUUCCUGUACUAAGGAUUUUUCUUUUUGACAAACCUGUCACUUAAAGACAUCUUGCUCAACAAA